AACUCACUCUUUCUCUAAUGGCAUUGCUGUCUCUUGUGCUAGUAGGAGUUCUUGCAGUGGCAGCUCAUGGAGAUGGGAGUGCAAUGGAGGAAGAAGAGCUGUUAGGGCUAUUUGAGGUGAUGGGUUCUCUUCUGGAGGACCCAACAUGGCCACAAUUCCACCCCCUACCAUGCACAGAAACUCCAUGGCCAGGGGUGGAGUGUGAACUUGGGCAACAAGAAAACCAAAACCCUUCAAUCUUUCAUGUCACCAAGAUUCACAUUGGCCCUGACAUUCUCACCCCACCAUGUAAACCCUCUGCAAAAAUCCCCAAUUCUCUCCACAAAUUGCCCUACCUCAAAACCCUUUCUUUGUUCAGCUGUUUCACCACUGCCCCACUCUCCCUCCCACCCUCACUCUUUGCCUCAUCUUCUUCACUGCAACAUCUUUCCCUGCUCUCAAACCCUGGCCUCACAGGGGAAAUCCCUUCAACUUUAUCCCACAUUUCAACCCUAAAGGUCCUGUCUUUGGCACAGAACAGCCUAGAAGGUGAAAUCCCCAGACAGAUUUCUGGGCUGGUGAAUCUGGAGCAGCUUGAUCUGAGUUACAAUAAUCUGAGUGGCUCAAUCCCUGGGGAAAUAGGAGGGCUCAAAUUCUUGAAAAUCUUGGAUCUUAGCAAGAAUGGGUUCACUGGAAACUUGCCAGAUUCUGUGGGUGGGUUGCAGAAUCUUCAGAAAAUUGACCUCAGCUCAAACAAUCUUCAAGGCAUGCUCCCUCAAGAACUGAGGGAGUUAAAGAGGCUUACCUUGUUGGAUUUCAGUCAAAACUCUCUUUCUGGUCCAAUCCCAGAAAGCCUAUCAGGUUUGGAGCAAUUACAGUACUUUAUACUUGAAAACAACCCAAUAAAUGCAGAAAUCCCUCCAUUUUUGGGCUCAUUACUGAAAUUAACUGUGAUUAGUCUUUCCAAGUGUGGGCUGAGAGGUCCAAUACCUUCAUCACUUUCCAGCUUGAAAAACCUCACAGCAUUGUCCCUAGACAAGAACAACCUUAAUGGGACAGUGCCUCAAGAUUUAGGGACACUUCAAAACCUUGGUUUGCUCAAUCUAAGCCAAAACAAGCUGAGUGGAGAGCUGAUGUUUCCUCAAGAAUUCAUCCAAAGGCUUGGGGAAAGACUAGACCUCAGGGAGAACAAUGGGUUAUGCACCAGACAAAUGUUGCAAAAAUUCACGAAAAACCAGACUUCAAGAUUUUUACAUAGUUAUUGUUUUGGUACAAGGUUUGCAAGCAGUAACAGAAGUGAUUCAGAGCACACAAAUGGUUCCAAGAAAAUGAAGCCAACUUGGGGCCAAGGUGAGAUGGGAUCAAGCUGCAGUAGUCAUGGGUUGUUACAUCAAAAGGUUGUGUUUUCCAGUAUGUUAUGGACUUUGGUUCUCUCAUCUGUACUCUGAUCUAGAAUUUUGGUUUUUAGCAUUUGGUCCUCAAAUGGUUGGUGAAUAUUGUUGUGGUUUUACCAUUCAUGGGUCAUUUUCUUCUUGUACAAUAGUAAUUGCAUAUGAAAUACAGUGCCUAAUGAUACAUUAUA